AUAUGUUGGUUAGUCAUAGGAUAAAGGCUACUAGAAAAGUUGCACUACUGGUAUAUUUCCCAAUUAGAUGGUAGUAGUGCCAUGCUUUCUUCUAGUGUUACAACUCCAAUAUUAAAAUUUAGCCUUAUUCUUUCCUUGGUUAGCUGCUGUCACAGGCAAAGUCAGCCAGGGAAAGGAGUCAGAGGUUAAAAACAUUUACCACUCGGCGUCAUUGAUUAAGAAAACCUCAUUGUGGCACUUCAGCAUUCUUCCUAACAGGCUAUUUGCUUGAUGGAGCAAUGACCUGUAGUGAUUCUAUCAGCAGUUAUCUGUGCCCUACAUUGCAGUGGUCACACGGGGGUCAUAAAGAGUCGGCAUACACGCUCUCUACUCCCAAACAUGAUAUAAUCUAGCCAUGCAGGUGGGGAGGAGUUCUAGAGUGGAGUUUUGUGUAGUUGGGAGGAACAAUGGACACAGGAUCAGAAGACAUGGGUUCAGGUAUUGAUUUUUGUCUCUCAACAUCUGUGUGUGUUGGGCGAGUCCCUAAACAGAGCUAAUCCUCGGUCUCCGCAUCUGAAGAGAGAUGGUAAUCCUUGUCUUCCCCGCUCCACUGGAUGGUGAUGAAAAUAAAGAUACCACCUAUGAUUUAGUGAAGAAACAGAAUCACACUUUGCUGAGUGAGUUCACCUUCCAGGGCUGCUCCAGCUUCCGUGGCCACCAGCUCACCCUCUUUGUCGUGCUCCCUGUACUGUACAUAUUCCCCCGGGCAGGCAGUAUCAUCAUCGUGGCCAUCGCUAGCCUUGAUCGCCACCUCCACAGCCCCAUGUACUUCUUCCUCGGUGUGCUGUCAGCUUCAGAGACCACGUACACACUUGCCACUAUACCGCUCCGUGACCUCACAGGCCCGGGCCAGCCCAUCUCCGGGGCAGCCUGUGCCACCCAGAUGUUCUUCUUCAUCACUCUGGCCAUCAACAACUGCUUCCUGCUCGCAGCGAUGGGGUACGACCACUAUGUGGCCAUCUGCAACCCCUUGAGGUACACGGUCAUCAUGAACAGGAGGGUGUGCUUCCAGUUGGUGUGGGGGGUGAGCAUUGGCCUAAUUGUAGCCAUGACCCAGGUGCUGGCUGUGUUCAGGCUGCCCUUCUAUACCACAAAGGUGGCCCACUUCUUCUGUGACAUCAGACCUGUGAUGAAGCUCUCCUGCAUUGACACGACCCUCAAUGACAUCCUGACUUUGAUCACCAGUGUGCUGGUGAUCCUGGUGCCCAUGGGCCUGGUCUUCACCUCCUACGUCCUCAUCAUCUCCACCAUCCUCAGGAUCACCUCGGCUGAGGGCCGGAAGAAGGCCUUUGCCACCUGCGCCUCCCACCUCACGGUGGUCAUCGUCCACUACGGCUGCGCCUCCAUUGCCUACGUCAAGCCCAGCUCAGAGAACUCCCGGGAUCAGGACCAGCUGAUCUCGGUGACCUACACCGUCAUCACCCCCCUGCUGAACCCCGCGGUGUACACCCUGAGGAACAAGGAGGUCAGGGAUGCCCUGUGCAGGGUCACGGGCAGGAAGCUUUCCUGACAAGAUGGGCUUCCGUGAAGGUCUUAGGAGAUUCUCUCAGGAGGGAAAAGCGGAACAGUGCCCACAGUCCUUGGAGUUGCCAUUCAGGAGCCUACAAAGCAGUG